AACUCACACAAACGCAGUCGGGCAGCAGCAGCAGACGCUCAGUGCUGCUCUCAGUGCGGAGCGGAGGAGGAGGAGGACCGACGGCACCGGCUGUAGUUAUGCCUCAGCUCCGGGAAUAUACAUCUCCUCCUGCGCUUUCUCUCUCUCUGACCCUUUUCUCUUCUUUUCUGCUCAAGAAUUCGCUGUUAGCCUCAUUCCUUUCCUCUGGAGAAGGCUAUGAGAAGGAAAGCCAGCCGUGCGUCAUGGUGCGUCUUUGCGCAUUUUUUCCUCUGGAUCUUGUGAUUUCUUUUUUGCCUGGACUAAAAUGAAGCGUCUUUUCUGCCUGGAGUGGAAAAGAGGGAGCUUUUCACAGUCCGUGUCUCCCUCUGAGUAUUUGGCUGCAGCUGCUGCUGAUCUGCGUGAAGCCACUGAAUAAAUCGGUGCUCUGAAAAAGGGGGGUUUGCUGUAAGAGGCUUUUUCUCACCGAUUCUCCCUCUGCCUCUGACAAUGUGCCAAGUUCACCCAGCACGCAGGAUCCCACUGGUUUGCGGUGGUUUUGCUUUUUAGGUUUUGCAGGGUUGAUUUUUUCUUUUUAUCUUUUUUUUAAAUUCUUUGUUUUUUGGACGGAUUUCGGGAAUUUGGGGAUUCAAAGUGAAGGUCAGCGGAGAGAUGUGCGCAUCCCCUGUGCGUCACGGUCCCAUUUCAACACCAACUACCAGCGGUGCGCCUGUUUUUUGCGCGCCUGUGUGCCUGCAUGUGUGUGUGUGAGAGAGUGUGUGUGUGAGCGCCUCUACCUCCUUUUCCUCCACCUCUCACUGCUGUGAGAACACGCUCCCUCAGUGUUUUUUUUUUUUUUUUCUCCGUUCCGUCUAAAAAGGCUCAACGCUGCAAAGUUAAAUGCUGGAUCUAUAUUUCAGCGACCAUUUUUGGCUGUAAAAAUGCUGAGCGGCGUCCUCUUUCUGAGCGUCCUCACGGUCACCAGCCUGUCACCGUCCGAAACGGAGAGCCGCAAAACUUCAGCCUCCAAAGACAUCUGCAAGACGCGCUGCGCCUGCGAGGAGCGGGAGAACAUCCUGAACAUCAACUGUGAGAAUAAAGGAUUUACCACCGUCAGUCUGUUCCAGGCGCCCCCCAAUAAAAUCUCCCAACUUUUUCUAAACGGAAACUUCCUGUCACGGCUCAGCGCCAAUGAGUUUGUCAAUUAUGGCAAUGUCACCUCGCUGCAUCUGGGGAAUAACGGCUUGCAGGAGAUCCGAACCGGCGCUUUUAACGGGCUGCGCUUCCUGAAGCGGCUCCAUCUGAACAACAACAACCUGGAGGUGAUUAAAGAGGACACCUUUGCUGGUCUGGAGAGUUUGGAGUAUUUACAGGCGGACUAUAAUUACAUCAGCGCCGUCGAGCCGGGCGCCUUCAGUAAACUCAAUAAGCUCAAAGUGUUGAUCCUGAAUGACAACCUGCUGCUGUCUUUGCCUCCCAACAUUUUCCGCUUUGUGCUCCUCACACACUUGGAUUUACGUGGCAACCGGCUCAAGAUGCUGCCGUUCGCCGGGGUUCUGGAGCACAUAGGUGGCAUCAUGGAGAUCCAGCUGGAGGAGAAUCCGUGGAACUGCACCUGCGACCUGAUCCCCCUCAAAUCCUGGCUGGACACCAUCUCCGUGUUCGUGGGAGACAUCGUGUGCGAGACGCCGUUCAGGCUGCACGGCAAAGACAUCACCCAGCUCAUAAAGCAGGAUCUGUGCCCACGCAGGAACGCUGGGGAGCGCGUUCACCCCCCCUCCGACUCUCACUUUCAAGGGGCCCUGCCUCCGACCUACCACCCCGGCGUCAUCACCCCCACCCGGACUCCUAAAGCCUCCCGCCCGCCCAAAAUGCGCCACCGGCCCACCCCUCGCAUCGGUAAGGACAAACAUGUUUUUGGGCCUAUCAUGGUUUACCAGACGCGUUCCCCGGUGCCCAUGCUGUGUCCCAGCGUGUGUGUUUGCACGUCACAGAACCCUGACAGUGGACUGAACAUCAAUUGCCAAGAGCGAAAGUUGCAUAACAUUAGUGAGCUGAACCCGAAGCCCUCCUACCCAAAGAAACUCCACCUGACUGGUAACUACCUACAAGUGAUUUACAGAACCGACCUGACUGAGUACAGCUCACUGGAGCUGCUCCAUUUAGGGAAUAACAGGAUAGCAGUGAUCCAGGAGGGUGCAUUUGAGAAUCUCACAAACCUCAGGCGGCUCUAUCUAAACGGGAAUUACAUUGAGUCACUGUCUCAGUCUCUUUUUGCUGGCCUGCAGUCCCUCCAGUACCUGUAUUUGGAAUACAACAUCAUCAAGGACAUUCUACCACAAACCUUUAACUCUCUGCACAACCUCCAGCUGCUCUUUCUGAACAACAACCUGCUCAGAUCGCUCCCUGACAAUGUUUUUGGGGGCACCAUGCUAACGAGACUCAACCUGAGGAAUAAUCACUUCUCCUACCUCCCGGUUCGAGGAGUUCUGGACCAGCUGUCGGCGUUUAUCCAGAUCGACCUGCAGGAGAACCCCUGGGACUGCACCUGUGACAUCGUGGCGCUCAAGAACUGGAUGGAGUUGUCCAGCACCAGUGUGGUGGUGAAUGAAAUCACCUGUGAUUCUCCCUCCAAACACGCAGGCCGCCUGCUGCGCUCGCUCCGUAACGAGGCCAUCUGCCCCGAGCCAAGCGAGGUGCCCCCGCCUCAACACGCCCCCCCUACUAAAGCCCCCACAUUAAUGAGCCCCGGAACAGAGGCCAGCACCCCCACUUCCUCUCCCUCCUCUUCUUUUAGCUCCGUCAGCCCCACUGAAUCCCGCAUCCAGACCCCUGAGCUGCACCCUGAGGUGCCCCUCUCAGUGCUCAUUCUUGGGCUCCUGGUCGUUUUCAUCCUGUCCGUGUGCUUCGGAGCAGGACUCUUUGUUUUUGUCCUGAAACGGCGUAAAGGGGUGGAACACGUCCCCACAGGCGCCAACAACUUAGAUCUCAACUCUUUCCAAGUGCAAUACGGCUCCUACACCCCCGAACCGACCCAAGACAAAAGCUCAGAAAGCCACGUUUAUAACUACAUCCCCCCACCAGUGGGCUCCAUGUGCCAAAACCCCAUCUACAUGCAGAAGGACGGCGAGCAGGUGGCGUACUACCGCAACCUGAAGGAGCUUAGCUUUGGGCCCCUGGAUGCUAAGAAGGACGACAUCCUGCACCGCAGCCCAGGGGCCUACACCAUCAGCGCAGUGGAUUUUAUGGAUAAAUCACCAACAUCUUGUGGCCUGACCACCCCGGAGCCUCCUGAGAUGUUGUAUCAGAACUUAGGGGAGAGGCCUACCAAGGAGCUCCCUGCAGCUGCCCCUCCUUUUAAUUACAACUUUUGCACUUUGCCUAAGAGACCCUGCAUCGUGCCCCCCUACGAGGCUGCUACGGCCCGGCGGCACAUCACCAACCAGGACAGGUUGAACAAAACUGUGCUGUAUGGGACCCCCAGGAAAUACUUUGGGCCAGAACACCCCUCCAAAAACAAUGAGCACCCACUGCUGCUGCCCGGGAAGCUAAAAACAGAGCCGGACUACCUGGAGGUUCUGGAGAAACAGACUGCCAUGAGCCAACUGUAAGAUAUUGACGACGCCCCCUCCCCAGGUUCUGUGCAGCGUUCAUAAUAAUCACGCAGUUACUGUAAUAAUAGCCCUCUAUAUAUCUAUCUUAUCUAUCUGUGUUCAAUCCAACACCACGGACUGGAAGUGAACCCAAGCCUUUCAUCAUCUUUUUUCUCUCUUCCUUUUCUUCUCGUUUUUUCUUUUCAAGAUGUAUAAAAAGGAAUAUAAGAAGUAUAUUAUUAUGCAGUUCUAUUUUUUCUCCUGGAAGGUAUAAAUUAUUUCUUCUUUUUUGACUAAAUGAAAUUCUAAAGACUCUGAUGACGGCAGGUAUAUAAUUGGCAGGACUGUGUACAAAUACGGCUUUGUGCUUUUCAUAAAACUGUAUUUUAUUUUUCCCUGUGACAAACACAAGAGUAUGAAAUAAUGAUUCUUUGUAGAGGAAGAAAUGCUACAGAUUGACAUUCCUGUACAUACUUAGCCUACACUGAUAAAUGGUGAGUGUUAAAACAUAAAAAAAAGGUUUUCAAAUCUCAACAAGCGGCAAAAUCUUACUAUACUUACUCCAGAAAGUGCCUUUGCACUCAACUAUUUUAUCAACAAUGCUUUCUGCAAAAUGGAAAUGUUUCUUUCUUUUGUUUCAUUUUUGAAAGUGCUGUAUUUUAAAGAAUCAAGUCUUUAUGUAAAAUAGAAGAUUAUUUGUCCGUUUAAAGAGAAAAAAGAUAAAUACUGAACUUGAGACUGGGUGUGAGAUGAUAUCAGUUGCUGACAGGGAGAACAAUGUUAUUUUGCUUUCAUUAUGAAGUGUCUUUGGAGAUGUAAAACUUCUAGAGAACAUUGUAUGCUAUAGGGGAGCAAUACAGCGCCGGCGAAAUUGCGCCAUUAAAUUUUCACUGAAGCACUUUGUCAAGA